AAAGUUUAUCACUUUAUUUCAAAACACCAAAAAAACUCAAUGUUUACAAACAAACUUUAAAAUUUAAUAAUUUAUAACAAAUCACAUAAAAAAUGUCAAAAAGGAACGUUGCAUUUAUAAAACCAGAUGAGCCUGCAUUUUUAAAAAGGAUGAAGCAACAAAUUGGAUAUCAAGAACCAGAUACAGUGGAAGCUAAACGUGGACCUGUUCAGAAUCUAGGCAGUAGCGAUGAAGACGAAGAUUAUGAAGAAAGAGAUGACGAGAAACCCCAAGUAAUACAACUUAAAAAAGGAGAUUUGACGGAAGAAGAAGCUAUACGAAUUGCGAAAGAAGAGGCAGAAAAACCAGCAGAUCUUAAUCAGAGAGUAAUCUUUAAAUCUAAGAAGAAAAAGGACGAUGCAAAGGAUACAGUAGAUGAGGAUAAAUUACCAAGCAAUACUGUCGGAAAAUCUGAUAAAAAGCCAAAGAAGGAGAGAAAACAGGAAAAGCCUGUAAAAAAUUUAUUAUCAUUUGUUGAAGAUGAUUAAAAAAUUGACAAAUAAAAAUCCAAAUUUUAUCUCAUACCUUUUUAAAAGCUUAA